UUACAAGCGACAUCACAAGAUAUCGUAACAGGGUACCAAUUAAACAAUUCUUUACCUACCUAGGUAGGUAAAUAAUACUAGCAGUUAUUAUUUUUCAUGUCUUAUAUCACUCUUAUUAUUAUGAUAAAUAUUAGCUCUUUCCAAAUAGAGUCUUUUUUUAAAACUAAUAUCUUCUUCAUACUGGAUGUAGGUAAACCAAGCCUUACUCUCUGUCACGAUAGGUUAAGGUGGUAGAACACAAGAACAUACAGGGGUACUUCCAGUGCUAACAGACCUUUUCGACCUUUUCGAUUCGGGAAUCGCCCAGCCUACCUCAUAAACCCUUGCCCCCCUGCCCCUCUCCCUCCCGCCUGAGGGACAGCCUAACUAACUGCCUUGUAGGCCAUCACGAAAGAAGCUCGCCAAUUGGUUUAGCAGCCGGCAUCCCCAUAGUGUUAUCACCAACGGGAUCGUACAGGCAUGUAGCAGCCGCUACAGGUACUAAAUAUGCACUUCCGAUCUAACCUCAUCCUCAUCCACCAACUCAUGCACCAAGUUGACAGUCCCUAUAAAAGGCUCCACUAGUCCCCUUGAGCCGCGAGCCUCGUUCGCGAUGGAUUGGAUCUCUCUUAUUAACACUCUUCUCCUUUUCGAGAAGUGUUUCUUUUUUAAAUAUUUCUUAGUUUGACUUCUCAGAGGGUCUUUACCCUUAAUUAUUCCUAAAAGUUCUUAACAAAUAGAUGUUGUGUUGUCUUAGUCGCUACAAUGAAUUCAGCUUCCCCUACUACUAGCACAUCUACAAAUAGAGGUGGUCGUCCUAAGGAUUGGACCGAACCCCGAGCCCGAAGACUCGUGCGACUAUAUAUCUAUACGAGAUUACCAUUUGAGCAUAUAUUAAAACUUCUAGAAGAUGGCGUUUGGAAACCUGGCAAGGAUGCUGCCAAUAAAGUCAAGAACUCACUCCUCGGAAAUGACCCUCGGUGGAUAAGACCUAAGGAUGAGGAUGACGAGAGAAGACGUAUCACAGGUCUCAAGAACAGCCGACGCGGGGCGAAGUUCUGCCAGAGGGUAUCAUCAUCGCAUCUUACCAAUGAACACCUAAACAUAUAUGGCUCUGGUUGGCAUGACGAUGACAGCUUAACUCUUGCUCAGUCGAAACAGCCCUCCUUUGAGAAUAUUAAACAAGAGCCAAGUCACUACGGCUCCGAAGUUGGAGUUGAUCAUUUCUCUUGGACUCCUAGUGGCCUAAACAUAUCUCGCCGGAAUACCAGUCUAACUAAUUCUACCGAAACUAGUAUAAGCAGUAGCUUUCGGGAGAAGCUUCCUAAUGUGUCUCCAGACCAAGCGAAGGGUGCUUGGCGUGUCUUAAAACGGUUUACCUUCCCCAAGGAUCUUGAUAUUCACCGAGGAACUUCUUCUUCCCCCGUGUUCCCUCAUGGGCCGCCGAUUUUCUCUCCCCAUGAUGAACAAGCUACCCGUGGUUCGUCUAGCGCGAAAUACGCCCUUCCUGGUGACUUCCUAAAUGCAGAUUUAUUUAAUAGAGAAAGCAUAUGCGGUGUUGGAUCUCCAUCUCACGAGACCGAGACCUGCUGGUGCCGGAUCAUCAACGAGUUGGGAUCGCCAUAUGAGAUAUGGCCAAUCACUAAUGGCAAUCAUACUAUCCAAGAUGUCUCUUCUAAUCAAAUUAGAGAUGCCUUUGGCAAUACAAUAUUCCAUUGGCUGGCUAGUGCAACCGAAGACCGAAAUUCUUUCCUCAAUAUCGUCACUCAAGCGCUACGUCACAACCCACUGAUUAAUGCCACAAACACAGCUGAGCAGACAUUUCUUCAUCUUCUACAUCCCUCUUGGUUCGAAGAUGAAGUACUAUUGGAGCAGCUUCUCAGCAUGCUUAAAGACGCCAAUUUUAACAUUUUGGCAACUGAUGUUUACGGUCGCAGCUUUUUCCACUUGCUGCAAAAUAGGAGGGGGGGUCUGAUUCGUGUACCGUCUCACUUAUUCGAUUGGGAACUACUUAGGCGACGGGAUGCAUUUGGAGUUAGGCCAAUGGAAUCCCAGGCAAGACAAUCAGAGCCUCCUAUUGUACAAAACAUGACCCGCGCCAAUCCCUUGAACGCCAGAAGUUCAAGCAACAUGGACUCUCUACCAACAUUUCUCGAAAUACCUUCUGAACAUGGAGUUGAUGCUCGAAUUCGAUCUCAAGCUGAGCUUCUACGAAUAGUCGUAGAUGCUAUUAAGGUCGAUGUUGUUAACUCAACCAGCCAGAACUCCUUGACAGAAGAUCUGCACGGACGUAAUGCGCUCCAUGCUCUUGCAGAAGUCGAGCUUGACAUUGAGCGGGUCCAACAUCCCACCGAUGAUCACCAACGACAUAAGAAAAGAAAAUACAAGGAGGAGGAGGGCGAGCCAAGGCCAGAAAGUAACCACAAUAGCAAGCGAUUGGAGUAUCUCGAAGGGAUUCUUUCUACUAGUGUUGAUGUCAACCAUUACGACAAUCGGGGACAAACGCCAUUGAUGGCAUUUAUCGCGCUGAGGCCGGAAGACUCCAGAUCGGAUAAAGAAGAUAUGGAGAGAUCAAUCCAGAAACUUGUUGAAGCGGGUGCAAAUCUUGAGAAGCGCAAUCGCGAGGGUAAGACUGCCCUUCACGUCGCUGCCUGCUCCGGGAAAAAGGUUGCCUUAAAGGAGCUUCUUCAACUGGGAGCCAAUCCUUAUGUUCGUGACGCAUGUGGUUUAAGUGUUCUCGCCGCGAUCGACGAACUAUGGGUCCAUACCGAAAGAGACGGCAUUCUUACAGCACGACUAGAAGCAUGCCGAGGUGUUUUUACGAGCAUUGUUCAGCCGGAUGCCCAGGAGCCCAGUGUUGUGCAGGAAUGGGGGGUUAGAAGACCAGUAGCUAAACCGUGUCAGUAACCAGCUGGCGAUUGCUAGCCUUAGCAAUGAGAUGUUACUGAGAAAGUGCGAGAGACGAUGUAUGAUCAGUUACAGCACCGCGUCGAUUCUAUUUCUGCAAAGGAGUUUUUCAGGUCUCGAUACCCUUGUAUAUGUUAACGGAGUUUGGUGGCCGGAGGUACAGUUUGCCUUUGAUAGGCUGAAAUAGAACGGGGAAUCGGAUUAGGUACAUAACAUAGAAUAAAGGAAAAAAAUUGCUCUGCUGUGUACCCCAGGGGGGGGAGGGGAAACUUUGAUCAUGUCAUGUCUGCGCCGCUGGGCUGUGGCUACUCCCGUCUAAAUUCAUGUAAGAUGAAUAUUUUAUGCGCUCGUCACUCUUACAUGGUAUCUGCAGGUAGGCUUAAAAUUGUGUACGUAAGACCAUAGGUUAUUCUCUUGCCGUAGAGAAAAAGCACGCAUAUGUAGUGCGACGAUAGUCUCAUGUAGAGCCA